AUGAUUCCGUUCUCCCCAGCCCCGGCAUCUCCGUCGCCUGCGCAUCGAGGCUCCGCCGCCGCCGCUUUACGCGUAGCACCAGACCACCCGCGUGACGGGAGACUCGCCGGAUCUCCACAGGCUCCGCAAUCGGCGUUAGGUGCGUCGCCCCGCGUUGCCUCGCCUCCGCCGGUGCGUCGUUCCUUGUGCCUAUACGGCGGCCGCCACAAGGAGCUCGCUCACACGUCUGAGUCGAGCUCCAUUGAAGUGCCGCUGGCGCUCCCCGCGCACCGGCUGCGGCCGCUUCGGUACCGGUGCCCGUCUGACACUGUGACGCUGGACACGGGCGCGCACGCGCGAGGCUACCGAGCGGAAGCGGUAGACGCCCCCGGCAGACGCCUGUAUCCUGCGCCGCCAGGCUCCGACCCUGCACACCGCCCCGGCCGCGCGCCGGUUUCCAUGUCUUCGCCGGCUGUUUGCGGACCCGCAAGCUUGGCAGGCGCGCCCUCUCCAGUUCGUCUUCACUGCCCUUCUCUGGCCUCCGUCAACUCCGUUCGUUCGCCGUCCGUGUUGUCUGAGGACUUGCUUCUCACGGGCAAGACCCCAGGCGAAAGCUCUCCGCCCUCGGCUGUGUUCAACGGCGGGUCGGACGCGCUGCGAAAGGCGCCUUUUCCGCACGGCAAUUCCUCCGCCACGUUCUCUCCGUCUUCACUGGCGCGCAUCCUCGACGCGGCUGCGGCCGAGAAAAACUCGCACCAGUCCUCAAACUCAGUUGCCCUCCCGCCCUCCGCCGUGAACGGUCCUCCCGCAGUCUCCGUCCACCGGGCGUCCUCUCCAGUUCCCGGCCUGCCGCUCAGUCCGCAAGUUCUUGUUCACCCGUCCCCGCCUGCCGCGCCGACUAUGAACGCCUCUGCGGUGUCCGGCGGCGUCCCCCCGACGCCGGCGGCGUACGCGCCCGCGGCGGGGGUUGCCUCUGCCUCUACUCCGGGUCCUGAUGGUCCUCGUAUUCAUCCGGGAAUCGCAGGUUCUGGGAUCGUCGUCGCACCCCCGACUCCGAGGGGGGCGGGCGGCUCGCAGGCACGGUCGCCUGUUGCGGGAAGCCACUUACUCGCACCGCCGGCGCCGCGAGCAGGCCCCCCUGUCGAAACAUCGUCUACGCACGAUAGACAAUGGGUGGCUGUCACGGCGUACCGCCCCGUUGAUGUUGUCACGAAGACGGUGGAGGUGCCGGUGACACGAACCGUUGACGUCCUCGUCCCGAAGCCCGUUAUCAAGGAAAAAAUUGUGGAGGUCCCCAAGUUCGUCCCUCACUACGUUGAGAAAAUUCUCGAGGUCCCGGAGAUUGAGUGGGUCGACCGCGUGAUUGAAGUCCCCGAGUAUUUCUAUAGCACUAAAUAUGUUCCAAAGGUCGAGAUCCAGGAAAACAUCAUUGAGCGACCCGUUUACCAAGACAAAUGGGUGGAAAAGGUCGUUGAGGUUGCACGAGUAGAGGAAAUUGUUCGGUACCGUGAUAUCGUCGAGGCCGAAGAGGUCAUUAAGUAUAUUCCGAAGGGUCAUUCUGAAGAAGAGUGGAGAGGCGCUCCAAUCUUCAGCGUGCCGCCUGAGCACGCCCCUCCGUUGCCGCCCAAGUGGGUGACCCCUGGAGCCGCGGCACCGCCUCCGACCCCUGCAUACUGCUCUCCAGAUGCGUGUGUCGGCACGCCAAUUGGAGCGCCUACGGGACAGACGCCAAACCAUGCGGAUCCGAGGCAUUCCUCUUUCCCGCCGCCUGCCUCGGUCAUCGGGGGCUGUCCGGCCUCACAGUACUGGACACCGGAGUUCUGUCGCGCUGGGAAUGCGUGA